CAGCUGUGACUCGCUGUGAUUUCUCCCGCAUGGGGCCUCUGCUGCUUCUGCCGCACCAUGGAGCUCCGCCCGGUCCUGCCCGCUGUCCUGCUGCUGUCCGCCGCCUGCCUGCACCUGGUGUCCGGCACCAAGGGCCGGACGGGCCCGAAAGUCACCGAGAAGGUGUUUUUUGACAUCACAGUUGCAGGUCACGAGGUCGGCCGGAUCGUCAUCGGCCUGUUUGGCGAAGUCGUCCCUCUUACCGUCAACAACUUUGUUGCCCUGGCAACCGGAGAGAGAGGUUAUGGUUAUAAAGGCAGCAAGUUCCACAGAGUCAUCAAGGACUUCAUGAUCCAGGGAGGGGAUUUCACCGCUGGAGACGGGACCGGAGGUCACAGCAUCUACGGAACGACGUUUGCCGAUGAAAACUUCAAACUGAAGCACUUAGGAGCGGGAUGGGUGAGUAUGGCGAAUGCUGGUCCGGACACCAACGGAUCUCAGUUCUUCAUCACUGCUGCCAAAGCUCCGUGGCUGGACGGGAAACAUGUCGUUUUUGGCAAAGUCCUGGACGGCAUGUCUGUGGUUCACACCAUCGAGCUGCAGGACACCAACGACAGGAACCUGCCGUACACCGAGUGUGUCAUCGUCAACAGCGGACGCAUCCCCGUCAAAGAGCCCUUUGUAGUGGAGGUGGAGGGCUGGUAGACACAGCGGGAGGCGAACACGCUCUUACAAAGGCUGAGUCGGCUUCAACACAACACACACACAUUUCUAUCAUCCAUACCAGGGUCAGGGGAAAACCUCGCACCUGUUUAGGAACUAGCUUCACCUUCUAGCUUGACCGCUGUGUGUUUUUGGGGAUUUGAAACAGAGUCCCUCAGUGUACAGGCAGAAUGAGCAGGAUCUGUUGUUGCUGUUUAUAAACUCAACAUUCAAAGUUGGCCCCUCCUCCCUGGCUCCCAAGCUAACCACCGGCAACCAGUUUUCCUGUCCUCGGAUGACGACGGAAUGAAAUCUAAAACAAUCCAUUGUCCUCUUAGGAAAAAAAAAACUGCGGGUGAAAGCCAACCUCAGAUUCAGAACAGGCUUUGUGCGCUUUAUUUUCUUUAUUUCUGUGUUUGCGAUUUUCGUAGCUUCCUAUUGGA